AUGAUCCCCGUCCACGCAGACAAAGCUCUCGACAUCUUGCAGCUGGUGCUCUACAUCCCCCUCCUGCUACUGAGCCAGUACUGCCUCAUUCGCCAUGGAAAACAAGGUCUCCUGGGCUGGCUCUACGUUAGCGCGUUCUGCAUCAUCCGCCUGAUCGCCGCCGGCCUCAAGAUUCACUCUGAUACAACCGGCACCCAAUCCUCCGCCGCCGUCAUUGUAGACAACAUCGGUCUCUCCCCAGUGAUUCUCGGCGCACUUGGCCUUCUUCACGAGGCUCGUAUGGCGCGCGGGUCCGUCCGGAAUACAAAGCUCGAAUGGCUCAUCGUGUUGCAAAUCCACAUGUUCGUCACCGCCGGGCUUGCUCUAGUCGCCGUCGGCGUAUCUUCUCUGUUCAGUUCCAAGUCCUCGCCCGACUCCGCUAUGACCCUGCUCAAAGCGGGAUUUGCCAUCAUGUUUGUGGGCUGGGGCAUCAUUGUCGGCUUGUGCCUGUGGUCUUUUCGUCGUCCGGCCUCGUACGGCCAGGUUGAGUCAACUGUUUUCCGCGAUGGAACUAUUCUCCUCAAUGCAGUAUUCUUCUCUCUUCCUUUCAUCCUGCUACGCGCCAUCUACGGUGCCAUCAACUUAUUUGGCUCAGAGGACACCAUCGGCACUUCGUCUUUCUCGUCGAACGUGGCAGCGAAUGUUAUUAUGAACGUCUUCGCCCAGCUAGGUGCGGCUAUCAUAUUCGUCAUUGCUGGCAUUCGCACCAUUUCUGAGAACAUCAAGAUGGGCACACGCACAGGCACAGAAACAGACAUAGAGUAUCCAUAUAAUCUGGGCCCCUAUCGCCGUUUUAUAACAACAACGUCGGCCGCCGCCCAAAGAUGGUUCAACCGCGGCCUUAUCUGGACGUACGCAUUCAACCAUGAAGAAGCCGUGUCGUGCUUUAAAAAGGCCCUUGAACACGAUCCAGAAUGUGUGCUUGCUUACUGGGGUUUAGCUUAUGCUCUUGGGCCAAACUAUAACAAGCCCUGGGAGAGCUUCGACGGGCGUGAGUUGUCUGACAGUUUACAUGAAGCGUACGCGGCCGUGAAACGUGCAACAGACAUUGUCAAAAGCAGGCGUGUUACUCAUAUUGAAGCUGCUCUUAUUAAAGCAAUCAACCUGCGCUAUCCCUCGGAGACCCCAGAUGAAGAUUUUUCUGUCUGGAAUGUUGAAUAUGCCGACGCUAUGAAGGCUGUUUACGAGGAAUUCCCGCACGAUUUCGAUGUUCUAGCAUUGUAUGCAGAUGCCCUGAUGAACCUGACACCCUGGAGCCUCUGGGAUUUAAAAACCGGACAGCCUGCGCCGGGUGCACGCACUCUUGAAAUCAGAAACGUGCUGGAAUACAAAACCCUAGCCCGGGGGAAAGGACUAUAUCAUCCAGGAGUACUUCAUAUGUACAUUCAUCUCAUGGAAAUGUCCGCUGUGCCCGAGUCAGCUCUUCGCAUAGCUGACUACUUGCGAGAACUGGUCCCUGAUGCCGGCCAUUUGAACCACAUGCCCUCGCAUUUAGAUAUGCUGUGCGGCGAGUACCGGCAAGCCAUUAUCUCCAACACUCGGGCAAUCCAUGCAGACGAAAAGUACGAGUCAAAUACUGGAUCCUUGAACUUUUAUACCCUCUAUCGGGCGCACAAUUACCAUUUCAGGCUCUACGCAGCCAUGUUCGCGGGGCAAUCAGCGGUUGCGCUUGACACGGUGUCCAGAAUAGAAAAGGGCAUUCCGGAAAAAUUACUCCGUAUUAAAUCACCGCCUAUGGCCGAUUGGCUAGAAGGAUUCCUUGGAAUGCGUGUACAUGCUUUGGUUCGGUUUGGUCGAUGGGAAGAUAUCCUGUCGCUGACGAUUCCGCAUGAUCAAGAGCUGUACUGCGUCACCGUGGCAAUGAUUCAUUAUGCCAAGGGGAUUGCCAGUGCCAUUCUUCAUAGAAUAAAAGAUGCACGUACAUAUCAACGUCUUUUUAUGAAGGCGGUCGAGACUGUGGUUCCAUCUCGUACAAUUUUCAACAACAAGUGCACCAAUAUUCUAGCCGUUGCACGGGCGAUGCUUGCCGGCGAAAUCGAAUACCGAACAGGCAAUAUAGAACAAGCAUUCGCGCAUCUCCGAGAAUCGAUUGAACUGGACGCAAAUCUGCCCUAUGAUGAGCCAUGGGGAUGGAUGCAGCCCCCGCGACAUGCAUAUGGAGCCUUACUACUUGAUCAGGGGCGCGUCGAAGACGCCCUGGAGGUAUACGAGACGGAUCUCGGGAUUAAUAACGCCCUACCACGAGCGAUGCAGCAUCCGAAUAAUGUAUGGUCUCUGCAUGGACUAUACGAGUGCUAUGUAUCGCUCGGCAGAAACGGUGAGGCGAGGCUGCUUAAGAGGCAGCUCGAUAUGGCCGUGGCUGUGGCGGAUAUACCCAUAAAAGCGUCGUGUUUUUGCCGGGUAGACAAGUGUCACUAA